AUGUGGCUCAGUUACUGUGGUAAUGGGCUGAUACUUGUGUGUACCAUCGUGAACAAGAACCUGCAUGGUUCGUACAACUACUUGAUCUGUAUGUCGGGUAUUGGAGACAUGAUGCAUCAGUCCUGUCAUUGGGCCUACUUCAUCAACAUGGUGUCUGGCCAGAACUUCAUACCGUACAACGUCUGCUUCAGUAUUCAAGGAUUCUUCGCGAACGGAGCGACCAUCAGCAUCUUGAUGAUGUUUUUUGUUGGAAUCGACCGGUUGAUUGGGGUUUCGAUGCCUACAACGUAUAGAUCUUUAAAUUAUAUACCGUAUUUAGGUACGAUAGCACUGAUUACAUUGGGUUUUUGUGCUUAUACCACCUAUUUGGCUUGGGUUCAUGUUUAUACGAUCUAUGGGGGAGAGUAAGUUAAUGGCAAGAACUUUCUUUACAAGACUUGAAAUCGCAAGAACUUUCUUUACAAAACAAAAAAUAGCAAGAACUUUCUUUACAAAACAAAAAAUGGCAAGAACUUUCUUUACAAAACAAAAAAUAGCAAGAACUUUCUUUCCAAGCCCUAAAAAUCCCCAUUUCUAAUGCAAACCCACCUCAAGCAUGCCCUUUACCACGCCCAUUCCAGGCCAGUGAUGUGUGUAAUCAUUGACGCUCUGGGUGGUGACGCGGCCGACUUCUGGUUUACCUUGUGUGUCAUAGUAAACCUGAUCGACGUCGUCAUCUACACAGCCGUCUGGAUUCUGCUAAAGUUUAAGACUGGGGCUUCGGAAGCCAUGAAGAAGGUGUUCAAGUCGUUGCUGGUGAUCAUGGUGAUGGUGGUGUUUGGGUGGAUGAUGAACGCGUUCGUACGGUCGGUACUGUUCGUGUAUGGUAACAUACCCAUUAGUCAGCAAUUCUACUGGGCCACGUACUUUGGGCUUUGUGCCAACAUUGCUAGUGUUAUGAACGUUUUCGUACUGUACAUCUUCAGGUAGGUUGACUUUUGAAGUUUUGUGGUACUAUAUAGUACGUUAUGGUACUGGGAGGUCAUACUGAAAAAAAUUUACUUAUUACUCUACUCUUUCAGCAUUUAAAGUUUAACAUUGUGCUGUUACAGUACUUUAUGAGCUAGUACAUACUAUUUAGUACCUUCUGGUACUACAUAGUACGUUAUAGUACUAGAAAAUCGUUCUGAAAUAAAUCCGUUUAGUACUCUGACCGUUGAACAUUUAAAACUUCACAUUUUGAUAAAUAAUACAGUACUUUAUGAGCUAGUAUUAUCCAUACAUACUAUAUAGUACAUUAUGAUGCUAUAUAGUACAAACUCGUACUAAACAUGGUAAAAUAAGAAUAUAAUUCUCUACUGAACUUUAUACAUCCUUACACUUUCUUGCAUUGUAUUAUAUAUGCUAGCACUAUAAAGUCGUACUGUAUAGUACGACCUCAAACUUGACAUCAAAACAUACCUUAUUUUCUAGCACUUUACUGUAUAGCUCUACAGUAAAGUAUAAUACCUUCGCGCCCUUUUCGUACUGCCUUUUUUUGUCUCGUGCUCAGUUUCCGUACCAUCUUCUAGUACUCAACUUCCGUACUAUAUAGUAUCAUCUAGUAUUCCAAAUUUCCAACAUCCAUAUAACCUCGUCUGCCUUCCAUUUCAGUGCUGAAUACCGUGCCACCAUUGAGCGUCUUCUGCCAUUUUUGCCAAAGAGAAACGAAGCCAAGAAGCCGAAUGCCUUCACCGUUUGGGCAGCACCCACCAAGAGUAGUAGCACGUAG